AUGACUUCUGCUACGUCAUCCAUUGUUGAAAGACUACAAAAGUGGUCCAGCUGCGAUGUUGCAGAUGGACUCUCAAAGCUUGGCCAUGUACACGGCGGCUUUCUUGAAGGCUUGACCAUGUAUUCGCCUCAAUUCCAGAAUGGGCCCACGAGGAUUGUCGGACCAGCCAUGACGGUCAAAUUUGCGCCCAAGUCUGACCAAAAUGCGCCCAAAAUACAGGGCAACUAUAUUGACCAGAUUCCAAAAGGCGCAGUGGUCUUCAUCUCCCAGCCUGCACCGCAUAUUAAUGCUUGCUACGGGGGCCUCAUGUCUCUGAGGGCGAAGUAUCUGGAUGCGGCAGGCGUAAUCAUUGACGGCAGACUACGGGAUCUACAAGAACACCAAGAUAUUGAAUUCCCGGUCUUUGCACGCUGUGUCGGUACCACUGCCGGCGGCGCUGUAUGCUUCCCGUCUGAGCUCAAUAUGCCCGUGUCCCUGCAAUCUUCGAUACAUGAGGCCGUCAUUAAACCGGGUGAUUUCAUCAUUGCUGAUCAGGACGGCGUGGUGUGCCUGCCUGCUGGCUUGGCUGAGCAAGUACUUGAUGCGAUACCAGCCAUAGCGAAUGCAGAUGCGAAGUGCGCUGAAGCCAUCAAAGAGGGAAUGUCGGUGCAGGAAGCUUUUGCCAAGUUUCGUGGGAAGAAAUAG